GGGUCAAGCGUCCACCUCCCACCCCACAUUGCGACAUGGACAUGCUGCUCACGCCCUAGACGAGCUCGACUUCCAGCUCGGCACGCAAGGCUAGUGUUCCCGGCGACACAUUCCGAAUUCGAAUUCAGGGUCCGCAAAAGCCGCUCAGCAUGCCUCGGCAGACUCAAAGCCAAGUGUUGUACUACGGAACCACUUUGGUGCCCGUCACAGCCUCCCUCUUCCUCCUCUUCCGAUCCCAUCCUCAUCUGCUCGACAUCUCCUCUUACUCUCAGGCAUCCUUGCCAGGCCUAUUUGCCAGCGUUCUGCUGCUGCCCAUUGCAGCUUUGUUGACCAGGGCGGCUGUACUGGGUUGUGCAGAUGCGUUCCUCAAGAGAGGGUUCAAAGGCAGGGAUCUGCUCAAACCUUGGGAUGCCACAAAGGAAAUUCCAGAGUCGGCGGGUUUGCCAGCGUCCAUAGUCUACGUCGGUCUGUUGUUCCUCCUAAUCCCUUUCAGAUACGCAUCCAACACUGCUCCUUCUCCGCCAGAGAGAGCUGGAGAUGGAGCGUGGAUCGGCGAAAUCACUGGCAUAGAAAGAUUUCCUCAUCACGAGCUUUCCUUGUACCUCUCCACCUUGCUUUCGCUCUUAUCAGCCAUCAUGCUAGGUUUCUUGGACGACGUGUUCGACAUUAGGUGGAGAUUAAAGAUGCCCAUUCCGAUCCUGGCCAGUCUUCCUAUGCUCGUCGUCUACUUUGCAGGAGGCGGUGGGACGAGCGUGGUGGUGCCGAGCUGGCCCCCGCUGCUCAGGGCUACAUUUGGAGGUGUGGUAGAUCUGGGGCCCUUGUAUUACCUCUUCAUGUCGCUGCUGUCCACCUUUAGCGUGCACAGCAUCAACAUUCUGGCUGGCAUCAACGGACUGGAGGUGGGCCAAGCACUCAUUAUAAGUCUAUCUCUGUGCCUCAAUUCCGCUCUAUAUUUGGAUCCCAGAGCAGGACAAGCGGGCAGCUUUGCGAGCAGGGAGCUCAGAGAUAGGCACUUGUUCAGUUUGAGUCUGCUGCUACCCUUUUCCGGCUGCUGCGUCGGACUCUUGGCUCUGAAUCGAUAUCCCGCCAGAGUGUUUGUUGGGGAUACGUGGUGCUAUUUUGCUGGCCAAGUUUUGGCUUGCGCCGCCAUCUUGGGCCAUUUUAGCAAGACUUUGCUACUCUUCUUCAUCCCUCAAGUCUUUAAUUUUCUGCUGUCGUGUCCUCAGCUUUUCGGACUAGUCCCUUGUCCCAGGCAUCGGCUUCCCGUGGCUCUUCCUGAUGGUUCGCUUGCGCCUUCGGUCGCCAAAUGCUACCCGGCACUCGCUCAUUCAGCACCCCUAACGACCAAGGCUGGAUUGUCAAGGCUCAUCCUUUGCGUACUGGAGACGCUGAGAUUGGUGCACUUGACUCGCGACUCUGUAGGGAACAUAACCCAGACGACCAACUUGACGAUCAUCUGCGCCACGUUGGUCCUUUGCGGCGUCACUCCCUCGAGCAUCUCAUCGUCGCGCCUCGUGAGCCCUGGACAGAAAUCAGGCCCGCAGCCUGAUGAGAAGAGCACCGCGAGCGCACCUGAAGGUUCUAGCCGAGGGUCAGACCCAAACGAGCAGGGCGGGAGAAGCAAAGGGCCAAGGAUAGACGAGCCUACUAUGUGGACCCUGUUGAUGCUUAUACAAUUGACGGGAUCCGCAUUCGCAUUCGCCGUGCGAUACUGGAUAGCCAAGAUUGUAUUCUCUGCGACUUGACAAACCGCUCGGCUCGACUAUACCAAUCUUCUCACUCUAGUCAUCCCUGAAUGCGUCCAUAAUAUACAUGUCGUUGAUGUCGUGAGACGGCAGAUGUGAAUAGGAUUUGUGGAAAGGAUUCAAACGAGCGCGCAGGUCUUGAGUGGUGGAUGCGAGACUGUCAGAUCGCCCCUUGAUCAGAUGAGA